CGCAAGAAGUCAGAGUCAGUUUCAACUUUGAACAUUUACUUCUCAAGGCGCAGACCGCUAGUCAUGGACGAAACCGGAGCCGCAAGCUCCCUCUUGGGAGAAACGAGAUACACCCUCGAUGGCUCGGCCAAGCCUCUGUCUUACUUCUUCUCGACCAUACUACUCAUCAUAUUUGUUUACUCCCUUCAGGGCACAAAGCUCAAUAUACCCUCUAUCAACCAGAAGGGAAGAUUCGAACUUACGGACAGCCGACCUAAAAGGAACUACCUCCUCAAUGCGAGGAAGUUGAUGCAGCAAUGGUUUACCGCGAAUCCAAACAAGCCCAUCCAGAUGACCACGGACAUGGGCAGUACGAUUGUGCUGCCUCCCUCGAUGGCAAAUGAAAUCCGCAACCAUAGUGACUUGAGCUUCACCGCGUUCUCCCAAGAGUUCUUCCAAACGAAGUAUCCCGGCUUCGAUGCAUUCGCAGAGGGAGGACAUGACAGCAUUACACUGGUCGUCAUCAACAAAGACCUAACCAAGCAGCUAGCAAAGGUCACUGAGCCAUUAGCUGAAGAGGCUUCCCUGGCCCUCCUGAAGAUAUUCACAGCAGAGAAAGAGUGGCACUCUAUUCCCAUGCGCGCAACCCUCCUCCACUUCAUCGCCCGCAUCUCUUCCCGCGUCUUCCUUGGCACCGAACUCUGCCGAAACGAAGCCUGGCUCGAAAUCACCAAGAACUACACCCUCAAUGGCUUUACUGCCGGUGACCGACUUCGCGAAUACCCUCCAUUUUUCCGGCCAAUUGUCCACUGGUUUCUUCCCGGUUGCCAGGAAGCGCGUAGACAGAUCAAGGCGGCCACCAAGAUCAUUCAGCCCAUCAUUGACGAGCGAAAGGUCCUCAAGGCUAAGGCGGUCGCCGAGGGCAGACCAGAGCCUGUGUACCAAGACGCUAUUGAAUGGUUCGAGCAGGCCUCCAAGUCCAAAGGCACUGCGUAUGACCCUGCUUUGAGUCAGCUGUUCCUGUCGACGGUCGCCAUUCACACAACCACCGAUCUUUUGGGCCAGACUUUGGUUGAUCUGGCGAAGCAUCCCGAGGUCAUCGAGGAACUCCGCAAGGAGGUUCGGUCUGUGCUCCAAGAGGGGGGCUGGAAGAAGACAUCUCUCUACAGCAUGAAGUUGCUCGAUAGCGUUGUCAAGGAAAGUCAGCGCAUCAAGCCCCUGCAGCUCGCUAGCAUGCAACGCAUCGCCAUCAAGGAUGUCACUCUCUCCGACGGAACCUUCAUCCCCAAGGGAGCAAACACAGCCGUGUCGUCCCACUCUCAGUGGAAUGCCGCCGUGUACCCGGAGCCGGAAAAGUGGGACGCAUACCGUUUCCUCCGGAUGCGAGAGGAGCCCGGCAAGGAAAAUGUGUCGCAGCUAGUCAGCACUCUGCCGGAGCAUCUCGGCUUUGGGCACGGUAAACACGCUUGCCCCGGUCGCUUCUUCGCUGCAAAUGAGAUUAAGAUCGCUCUUGUGCAUAUCCUACUCCAGUACGAGUGGAGACUUCCUGCCGGGGCCGAUACCUCGAUCACGGACUACGGCGUCAAUCCGAUUCUGAACCCCGGCUUGGAAUUGGAGAUUCGGAGGCGGGCGGAUGAGGUUGACUUGACGUUCUGAGCGAUAGAAUGUCCGGUAUCUGUUACCAGGUGUGCUACUGUUACUCGGGAGGGCAUUUCGGACUGUAUAGGAGGACGUAGAGUGACUAGAUGAUACUAAGGUACAGAGGGAGGGCUUGCUAUUAUGUUCAAUAAUCGGGGGGGUUUCACUCGUCCCGCGGCUCUCUACCGGUAGAUUCGCAAACGCCUCAAGAUCGGCCCAAUUAGUGGGUAGUUGCAUGGACUUUAAAGGUUCUCGAUGAUUUGGAAGACAUGUGUCCCGCUUAAUUGGCUAUGUGUCGAACAAAGACGUCAUCUUGAACAAGUACUCGGCACCAUUUGUAGGCACUUCUUGAGAUGCGGGGUCGCGGCGGACUCGAAAUUCCAAGUCGGCUAUAUAUCUCCGCACCUAUAUGUAGCCUGCAUCAGCCGCAUCCCCAUCGAUAUCGUAUAGUAAAUU